AUGAGAACGCUGGACCCCAAGCAGCUCCGUGUGAAGGACAGCAGGAAAUUGUGCCCUGCUUUGGACCCGUUUCAGAACACCAUUGAUGAUGGGAUCAUGGUUGGCCUUCGGCAGCUAGAUAUGUCAUUACUGUGUCAGCUGUACUCCCUGUAUGAGUCAAUUCAAGAAUAUAAAGGUGCCUGCCAAGCUGACUCGAACGCAGACUGCACAUAUGCUCUGGAAAAUGGUUUUUUUGAUGAAGAGGAGGAAUACUUCUAA